AUGUCAAAGAUCAUCAUCACAGGUGCCACAGGCAACGCCGGCAGCGCCGUCCUCUCAGCAGCUAUCGCCUCCCCCGACAUCUCCCACAUCACCGUCCUCGCCCGUCGUCCGCCAUACGAGACCAGCCCCAAAGUCGAGUAUAUCCAGAUCCCAUCGAACGAGUAUCCAAAGGGUUUCGAUGGGAUUGAUGAGGAGCCGGGGUUGGUGGAGAGAUUGAGGGGGAGUGGGGCUUGUAUCUGGGCGUUGGGGGUUAGUCAGACGCAGGUUGAUGAAAAGGAGUAUUACAAGAUCACGCACGACUACACGCUCAAAGCUGCGAAAGCCUUCUCUGCGCUCGGGACCGAGGCAGAACCAUUCCGUUUCGUCUUCAUGUCCGCUGAAGGUGCCAGACAAGACGAGAAAGGUUGGAGUGCGUAUAGCAGAGUCAAGGGAAAGACGGAGAGAGAGCUUGCGGCUAUGGCGUCCAAGACGUUUGCGCCAUUGUCCGUAAGGCCGGCGGGCAUCAAUCCAACCAAAGAACAUUCCACGCGUAUGCACUGGCUCUGGGGCCCGGGGUUGAGGACGACCUGUGCAGCGCUCAAGGUGGUGUACCCGCCGAUGGUCGUUGAUGCGUCGCACUUGGGAAAAGUGUGUGUCAGUCUGGCUGGAGGGAGGGGCUGGGAUCAGAUGGACGUAGAGCGUGUGGUGUCUAAUGUCAAGUUGAGAAAGAUGAUUUAGAGCAACUAGAGUAACAUGGAUGGACAUUUUUGACGCGUCGUUCAAUCCAUCGCUUGUGCGCUCGCCGGGAUACCCCAGUCCCCAGCAAUAACCAGCUCGAGACUGGCCCUCCCGCCCUCCCGAGCUCGUUGAGCGAUCGCAGCAAAUAAAUGAAAAGCCACUACGGGUCGUUGGGGCAGGGCAGCACAAAUGAAA